AAACCAUCAAACACGAAGACACCGUCCAAGAUCCAUAAAGAAAAAGAAAAAAAAAAAGAAAAAAUGACGAUGAAGUCUUUGAUUUGUCUCUCGCUCAUCCUCCUCCCUCUCAUCGCCGUCGUGGAAGGCAACCUCGGUGGGUGGAAGAAUAUUGAAAACUUAUCAGAUCCGAACGUGGUGUCGCUCGCGAAGUAUGCGGUUGAUGAGCAUAACAAGCAGUCGAAAGCGAAUCUGGUGUUCGUGAAGAUAGUCGAGGGGAAGGAGCAAGUGGUUAGCGGGAAAAAGUACGAUCUGAAGAUUGCGGCCAAGGAUGGUGGUGGUGCGACGAAGAACUACGAGGCUGUGGUGGUGGAAAGGGUGUGGGCUCAUUACAGGAGUCUUGAGUCUUUCAAGGCUGUGUAGAUCUGAUUUGGAAUAUUGAUCUGAUAUCUAUAUAGGUUUCCUUGGUUUGAGAUUUUGACACUAUAUGUUGUUGUUUUUUGACAUUAUAUGUUGUUGUUUGGUAAUAAAAAGUCUUCUUGAUAUUAAAUAAAAGAUCUGUUUUACUUGGA